UCGUUUCGUUUCCCUGGAAUGGCGUGUCCUCGUCGGUCGGACGCAGAGUGGUACCAAAAUGAUACCCAUGUGACGGCGUCUGUGCUGAUCAAACGGCUGCCAACUCGCGAAGGUCUCAGGCCCGUUUUCGAGCAGGGGAAAUGUGCCAUUUACAUCGGAGAUGAGGUGUUUUGGGAAGUGGCCCUGGCCGGGUCUAUUAUCCCUGACAAAUGCACAUUCAAGACCUCAAAAUUCAGAGCCGAGCUGAAGAUGACGAAGAAAGAUCCAGUACUUUGGGCCGACUAUGAGGCCAUUGUAGCCCCUUCUUCCAGUAGCCCACAGCAAGCUCGCGGUCCUGUGACCUCCAAUGAGGCACUCUCACCGCCUCCUCCUCCUCCUCCUGCUUCCUCACCUGGUUCGAAGAGAAAACAUCCGAAUCCUAAAACCUUCUCAAAAGCGGUGCAGAAUGACUUUGUGUACCUAAACCACCUUUCACACACCUGGCAGAACAAGGGAAGUGGAGGAAUGGCAAUAAGGGUUCAUGUAGGAGACGUGAUGAAAGAAACAUGUACAGUUGACUUCAAGGAACGGCAAUUUGAACUUCUUUUUCAGACUCGCAAUGAGGCGUUUCUUUCUUCUUACACCGGAUCAUGCCAAACAACGUUUGUAUGGAAAGUUCAUCUACAUGACUCCAUCCAGCCAAGCGUCAGCCAUUUUGAAGUCACUCCUCGUGCUAUAGACAUCGUAUUGAAGAAGGCGUUCGACAAAAAGUGGACUAUGCUAGAGAAAAGUAAACAUCAUCCAUCCCUGACUAAUUCCAGUUCGGAUUCAAGCUCUGUUGUCGAGGGUGACCAGGCAUCGUCCAAUCAGAAUGAGCCGAGUUUGAACGCAUUAGAGACUGAAAUGAACAACCUAAGUAUUGCCGGUGAUGUCAUAGCCACACCCCCUUCACAACCCCAAACCAUCAGAAAUGUCGGUGGAAACUCACCCGAUCCAAUUCAAAAUCACCACAGUAGUGACCAUGGCAACCGUGCCCCUUCCACUUCUAGCGAUACUGCUGCUGUUUAUCACCAUGGAAAUGAAGUUGGGGAACCAGUUCAAAAAAUUUACAUGAACCCUCUCUACAAAGAGCCGUCCAGUAAAACUACUAAGCAAAAGCCUCAUUCGCAUUACACACAUACAGUGGCUGCCUCUGAACUGGAAAUGUCCGACCCCUCGUUCCGCGAAAAGCAACUCGGUCAGCCGAGUAAAACCGGUUUGAUAAACCUGGGCAACACUUGUUUUAUGAACAGCGUCAUACAGUGCCUUAGCAACACCCCAGAGCUGCGAGAUUACUUCGUCAAAGGUCACUACCUGGCGAACAUUAACUCGCAGAAUCCGCUCGGUUUCGAAGGAAAACUUGCCAAGUGUUUCUGCGUGAUCCUUCGCAAGCUCUGGUCCGGAGAAUACGGCUCUUUCUCGCCAAGGAAACUCCUAGAGAUUGUUGCCAAGCGAAGCAAAUAUUUCGGCGGCAACUCGCAACACGACACGCAUGAGUUCAUGUCGUACCUGAUCGACGGGCUACACGAGGAUUUGAAUCGAGUCCGAGAAAAACCGGUCACAAAACCGGUUGAAAUGGAAGACUACCCUGACAGGGAGGUGGCAGCAGAGUCGUGGCGCUUGCACAAGAAGAGAAACGACUCGAUGAUCGUGGACCUUUUCCAGGGCCAGUUUAAAUCAACCCUGGUCUGCCAAGAGUGCAAUAAGGAGUCGGUGACGUUUGACCCGUUCAUGUCGCUGUCUGUUCCAAUUCCGCGUAACCUUCGCCGGCUGCCCGUCAUAUUUGUACCUCAAGACCCCAACUCCUUGCCAAAGCAACUAAUCCUCCAGCUGCCCCCUGAAGCUACUCUAAAACUUCUGAAGGCUUCAGUUGGUAGAAGAACCUCCCUCUCCAUGGCUCAGCUACGUGUGUUUGAAGUCUACAAGGGCAAGUUUCAGUCCCUCAUGUCAGACAACAACCACCCGAUAUCCGGAAUCAAGUCCAGUGACACCAUCAUCGUGUCUGAAGUUCUAUCCGAGCGUGCAGCCAAAGGUCCAGUUGUCGAGAUAAACGUGGUUCAGCGAGUUCACGUCACACCUUUCCCGACAAAGUGUGCCCUGUGCGGAUGUGGGGUGGAGAAGGGAAGAAAACUGCAGCGGUGCAGCAAAUGUAAAACCGUUGGGUACUGUCACAGGACCUGUCAGGAGAGAGAUUGGCCAGAGCACAAGAGAAAGUGUGGCAAGGUGAAAGCCUUUCCAACAGGUCUUCCGUUUGUCAUCAGUCUACCUGCAAAUCAACUGACUUACUCCAGACUCAUGGAAUAUGCAGAGACAUUUUCCAGGCGUUCGAUAUGUGUGCGUAGAAGAGAAAUACAAUUGAAUCACGAGAAACAGGAUAGAAUCCAAGAGUCCGCAGAGAGUAUGCAAACUUCUGAGGGUAGUAUACAAGAGUCUACUGAGAGUGUGCAAAGUUCGCAAGAGGACAUGGAGAUGUGCACAGAGAGUAUACAUGAGUCUGCGGAGAGCAUCCAUGGGUCCACGGAGAGUAUCCAAGGGUCCACGGGGAGUAUCCAAGGGUCCACGGAGAGUAUCCAAGAGUCUACAGGGGAUAUCCAAGAAAGACCGAUGUACACACUGAUCAGAGUAAACAGGUAUUUGGAACCUGUUUCUGGAGCGGUUCCUCUUCAAGACAAAGGUGAAACUCCGCUGGUAUUCGAUGACAAGACAGUCUAUCUUGCCAUGGACUGGAGAGACGACCCAAAAGACGACGACAGCGUCAUAGUAACACCCAAACCAACCAUGGAGUACGAAGAAGACGAAAAGGUGGAAACUCGACACGCGAAGUCUAACACCGUCUCUCUGACUGACUGUUUGCAGCUGUUCACUGAACCAGAGACGCUCUCUCAGGAGGAGGCGUGGUACUGUCCACGCUGCGAGAAGCACAGACCGGCGAUAAAACAGAUGUCGCUAUGGAAACUGCCCCGGUUCCUGGUCGUCCAUUUGAAGAGGUUCUUGUUCCACAACUCGGUGUGGAGGAGUAAGAUCGACCAUCUCGUCUCUUUCCCCCUCAGAGGUCUCGACAUGUCUCCUUAUCUCCUUGGUGAUGCAGCCGAGGAAAUCUCUCCCGAAACUCCGCCCAUUUACGACUUGUAUGCCACUGUUAAUCACUAUGGCAACAUAUACAUCGGUCACUACGUGGCAACCGUCAAACCGCCACUGUCAAAAGAGAAAGGUCGGAAAUUAUUAACUGCACGAUUGUUGCACUUUUCCAAUUAUAAUUCUACCAUUAUAACUAAAAGUUUUGUUAAUCGCUGACCUUGGAGAUGGGUUGCACUGUAAUUUUCUUCCCUCCCAUCCAGAGUGGCUGUGUUACGAUGAUGAUAGGGUCUGGUCAAUUAGUCCGGACAAGAUCCCCUGCAGUGAGACCUACGUCCUCUUCUAUCGUCGCCGGAUACCGUCAUAGCCACACCCACCUAAUAAACAAUCAUCCAUGUUCUCCAUAUUAUGUGAUACAAUAUUGGUGCUGUAUACAUGAAACUUGUGUUUUGCGGAAAAUCGUUGCGGCCCAGUAAGAGGCGCGCGCCCGAUAUUUUCCGUGCGUGAUUAUCACGUGAUUUGUGCGACUGCUUCGCGCUUAUUGCCGAGUCAGCGAAAACAGAGUG